CCUCUUCGGCGUCCGGCCCGGCGCUCGCGGACAGGCGCCCGCGUUGGGGGCCGGGGGAUUGAGGUGUCCGGUCCUCCCGGUACACAUUCACAUACAAGCGCAGCCGCCAGAAAGCUGCUGAGGACCAGGCCGGCUCCCAGGGUCGUGGGCGCCAGUGCGGAUUUCGAUUCUGAGAUUCACCCUUUCUUCCCCGCCCUAACGCUGUGCUUCUCUGGCGCCCUCCCCGCGCCCGGGCUGCUUUGGGCCGCUAGGCACUCAGCCUCCAGCCGGGUUCGUCGGCCUCUGGGCGGAAAGAGAUGGCCACUGCCGCGCGCCCGCAGCCUGACCACUCAUCAUCCGCGCCAGGUCUCAGGACGUCUAGGCUGCCCUCUUUCCAGUGGGGCAGGAGAGGGUGCAUCCGAGGGUCUCACUCGGAAUACAGAGUCCAUGCGUAUCUGGUGCAGGCCGUGAGAGCAGCGGGCAAGUGCGAUGCGGUCUUCAAGGGCUUUUCGGACUGUUUGCUCAAGCUGGGCGACAGCAUGGCCAACUACCCGCAAGGCCUGGACGACAAGACGAACAUCAAGACCGUGUGCACAUACUGGGAGGAUUUCCACAGCUGCACGGUCACAGCCCUUACGGAUUGCCAGGAAGGGGCGAAAGAUAUGUGGGAUAAACUGAGAAAAGAAUCCAAAAACCUCAACAUCCAAGGCAGCUUAUUCGAACUCUGCGGCAGCGGCAACGGGGCGGCGGGGUCCCUGCUCCCGGCGUUCCCCGUGCUCCUGGUGUCUCUCUCGGCAGCUUUAGCGACCUGGCUUUCCUUCUGAGCGUGGGGCCAGCUCUCCCCACGCGCCCACCCACACUCACUCCAUGCUCCCGGAAAUCGAGAGGAAGAUCCAUUAGUUCUUUGGGGACGUUGUGAUUCUCUGUGAUGCUGAAAACACUCAUAUAGGAUUGUGGGAAAUCCUGAUUCUCUUUUUUAUUUCGUUUGAUUUCUUGUGUUUUAUUUGCCAAAUGUUACCAAUCAGUGAGCAAGCAAGCACAGCCAAAAUCGGACCUCAGCUUUAGUCCGUCUUCACACACAAAUAAGAAAACGGCAAACCCACCCCAUUUUUUAAUUUUAUUAUUAUUAAUUUUUUUUUUGUUGGCAAAAGAAUCUCAGGAACGGCCCUGGGCCACCUACUAUAUUAAUCAUGCUAGUAACAUGAAAAAUGAUGGGCUCCUCCUAAUAGGAAGGCGAGGAGAGGAGAAGGCCAGGGGAAUGAAUUGAAGAGAGAUGUCCACGGACGAAACAUACGGUGAAUAAUUCACGCUCACGUCGUUCUUCCACAGUAUCUUGUUUUGAUCAUUUCCACUGCACAUUUCUCCUCAAGAAAAGCGAAAGGACAGACUGUUGGCUUUGUGUUUGGAGGAUAGGAGGGAGAGAGGGAAGGGGCUGAGGAAAUCUCUGGGGUAAGAGUAAAGGCUUCCAGAAGACAUGCUGCUAUGGUCACUGAGGGGUUAGCUUUAUCUGCUGUUGUUGAUGCAUCCGUCCAAGUUCACUGCCUUUAUUUUCCCUCCUCCCUCUUGUUUUAGCUGUUACACACACAGUAAUACCUGAAUAUCCAACGGUAUAGAUCACAAGGGGGGGAUGUUAAAUGUUAAUCUAAAAUAUAGCUAAAAAAAGAUUUUGACAUAAAAGAGCCUUGAUUUUAAAAAAAAGAGAGAUGUAAUUUAAAAAGUUUAUUAUAAAUUAAAUUCAGCAAAAAAAGAUUUGCUACAAAGUAUAGAGAAGUAUAAAAUAAAAGUUAUUGUUUGAAA